GGAAGGGAGAACGUCAGCAAAUCACGAGAGAGAGAGAGAGAAGCUUCCUUUUUUUUUUUUUUUUUUGGGGCCAAAUCUAUAGAAGAAGAAAAUUCGGUGUCUUUCGUUCACAUCUCAUCUCAGAAUCUGAGAAAGAAGAGGCAUAUAUAUAUAUAUAUAUAUAUAUAUAAUCAGAUCUGUCUUCUCCGACUCCAUUCCCGUCUCAGAAGAUCGGCCAUGAAAUGAGACUCGCUCUCUACCUCUCCGUUGCCGCCAUUGCCAUCAUCAUCAUCGCGCUCACUGUUGUCUUCUUCCUCCUCUUCCGCAAGCGAGCUUCUACUGGGGCUAGUGGUAGAGCUCGCGACAUCGAGAACUCGAAGCGCAACCGGGAAGAGGAAGACGAAGAACAAGAAGAAGAGGAGGAGGAGGAGGAGGAGAAGGAGCUGUAUGAGGAGGAUCUCAUCACGUUCCAGGGAGGCGAAGGCCUCACCAUAUGCGACAUACUGGAGGCUCCUGGUGAAGUCAUCGGCAAGUCCAAGUAUGGCACGCUAUACCGGGCCGAGCUGCACCGGGUUGGCUCCGUCAAGCUGCUGAGGUUCUUGAGGCCUGCCUGUGCCGCUCCUGACGACGACCUUGCCUCCGCGGUUGACGUCCUCGGCCGCAUCAGGCACUCCAACCUGGUGCCCCUGUUGGGAUUCUAUGCUGGCCCGAGGGGUGAGAAGCUCCUCGUCCACCCGUUCUGCGGGUUCGGGAACCUCGCGGAGUUCAUUCGAGAUGGAGACGGCGAAUGGCUCAAGUGGUCCAUCAUUUAUAGGAUCUCGAUUGGUAUAACCAAAGGGUUGGACCAUCUCCACACGGGGUUGGCUCAAGUGGUUGUCCAUGGAAACUUGAAAUCGAAAAAUGUAUUUUUGGACCGAAAUCACCGACCAUAUAUUUCCGAUUUUGGCAUGCAUUUGCUCUUGAAUCCUGAUACUGGGCAGCAGAUGCUCGAAACUUUAGCGGCUCAAGGGUACAAAGCACCUGAGCUGAUCAAGGCCAGAGAUGCGACCAAAGAAUCGGAUAUCUACAGUCUUGGGAUUAUCUUUCUCGAGCUGCUUACGGGUAGGGAACCUGUAAAUGAGAAGGCAGCUCCCGACGAAGAGCCUUACUUACCGAAUUAUGUGAGAGAGGCGGUUCUUCAACAGAGUAUAUCCGACUUGUAUCACCCGAACUUGCUCUCGAGGAGGAAGCGAGAUAGAGAUGGGGAUGAUAUUGAUAGCUUUGUUGUUACAGAAGAGUGCAUUCUCAAGUUCUUUCAACUGGCUGUGGCCUGCUGUUCUCGUUCCCCUUCGCUUAGACCAGACACGAGGCAAGUUCUGAGGAAGCUCAGCGAAAUUGUGAAGUAAGACUUCCUCCAAUGUUUUGUUUGCAAACAUGAACGUUGGCCUGGGUCAUUGGUUGAUUUGAAGUCGUGAUCUGAUACUGUAAUGGCAAAUCCAAUGUUUGCUGGAUAUAGCUGAAACUGAUGGGGCACGCGGAGAUGUUGACAUUUAUAGGAAGCUAUUCUUUCCCAAACGCAUGGGUCUUAAAAGCUUAGCUACUGGAUAAAGAUGGGAGAAACUGUUGACAGUGAGGUGAGAAACUGUAGAUCGAAACUAAGGUUCCUGAAUAAGCUGGACCUUUCGGGUCUUUGAUGAGUUUCCGGGAUUUCGUUAUGCGGAUUGGAUGUUGGUUUUUGCCGAGGAACAAUUAGCCGACUUGUUAUACUUUGCGGAAAGCGAACUCAGAUAUGCGGAAUGAAUUAUGGUGGGGCGAGUCGGAUCUUUGUUCCUCUUCUGGGAAAGGGAGGCAUAUAUAGGCCAGAGUUGCUCUCUUUCUCAACUGUAACUUCAUUCAUUCAUGCCCUUGCAGGGAUGAAUUUCUUUUGUCCCGACUGGAGAAAGCUCACAGCUUCAUCAAAUUGUCAAUCUUGUAGACAAAACUCAAUACAGGAAUUGAAUCGUCACAUUACAUCUC